AUGGUGAUGUCCUUUGCUGGUAUCCAGGCCACGACAAAUCGCGACGGCUCAAGCGAUCACCACCAGCACCACCAGCACCACCACCGCGCGUCACUCGGCGGCGGUGUGGGCAAAGCGUCGUUUGAAUCAGACGUGUCAUCGUCUUCGCCAGCCAUGGUUGGCACCCCCGAGCUCCGAGACGUCAACUUUGGUACCAUGGGCCCUCCCGAGCUGCCUGCCUCCCAGCCUACUUCGCCGCGCAAUUCAACGUCGUCCAGCCAAGGCGCGCACGGCGACGCCCACGGCCGGCGGUCUGCGACGUCCCUGCGCAAGCGGGACGUGAUACACAACAGCGGGAGCUGGCGAAAGAAGUAUACCAGCCUCGUCGGGUCGUCCAGCAACGAGAGCCCGCCACCCAGCCUAGACCACUCGUCGCCCGACCAUUCCAGCUACGACACCGCCCACUCACUGUCCGAGUCGGGCCACCCACUGUCCCAACACGACGCUCGUGCCGCCGUCUCCAGCACCACAGGCUGCUACAUUUCAGCUCCACUCUCGCCUCCGCCUCCCGCACCGACAGACGACUACAUGCGGUCCUCUGUCAUUUCGUCGUCAUCGUCAGGAUCAUCUGAGCGGCCCACCUCUGUCAAGAGCGUGGGUCCACCCGCACCUCGUUGGGCACAGCCACCCGCAGCUGCAGCUGGGACGUCAUCUGCGCGUGCCUCUUCAUUCGACUCGGGCCUCAGUCGCCCAGACAUGGACACCAAGCACAACCCGGAGCAGAUGCAGGGCCCUGCUGGCGAGUGGGUUGAAGUUCUCAAGGGCGAGCAGGGCCGAAUCGCUGUCAAGAGCACCCCAGAGCACUACGAAGUGAUGGUGUGGCUGCCUGGCUUUUCCAUCAACGACAUUACCAUUGUGACCCGUCGACACCAAGUACUACACAUUGUGGCAGACCAGUGGGAGGAGAAUGAUCAUGCCCAGUGGGAAAUCAAGCUGGGCGAGGACGCAAUCAUGUCCAACGUCCGCGCUUCCUUUACGGGACAAGAACUGAAGAUCACUGUGCAGCGCAAUGUGCGUCUGACGUCGAACCAGUCGGUGCGCUCCAACGUCACGAUGCGCACUGCGUCAUCGCGCGCCGCCCCAAGCAUGGCAGCGACCAUGGGCCACGCCCACGAGCGCAGCUACAGCUCGCCAGCCACCACAUGGGGAGACCAAGAGCGUUCCGAACUGGAAGCCCGUAUGACUCGCGGCAUGCCGGAAAUGGGCCUCUAG